UCUCACUCUUCUCAAGGAGUAUAUAUGCGAGGUCUCACCAUCUCUCUCAGUUAUUCAUCAAUCCUCCUUCUCACUCUAAAGUUCUUCAUCACGGUUCCUAUCCCAUGGUUCCUCUCUUCCUACCAUAUCCACCAUGCCAUCCAUUCUCUCUAGGUGGUUCGGAAUAUUCCGGCGACGAAUUUCAUCCCCAGACCGAAACGACGGCACCGACGCCUCCGCGGAGAGCCCAAUUUCCUAUUCCGUCGAAUGCUACGCCUGUACACAAGUAGGCGUCCCGGUUUUCCACUCCACUAGCUGCGACCGGGCCCACCAACCCGAAUGGGAGGCCUCCGCCGGCUCAUCGCUAAUCCCGAUAAAGAACCGGCCCGGAAGGAAACCCAGCCGGACCGCCGGGGCCCAGAAAGCGUCAGGUCCUUUCGGGUCGGUGUUGGACCCGCGCAGCAAACGGGUCCAGAGGUGGAACCGCGUGUUCCUGCUGGCGCGCGGCAUGGCGCUGGCUGUCGACCCGCUGUUCUUCUACGCUCUCUCCAUCGGCCGCGGCGGCGCGCCCUGCCUGUACAUGGACGGCGGGCUGGCGGCGGUGGUGACGGUGAUCCGCACGUGCGCGGACGCGGUGCACCUGUGCCACCUGUGGCUGCAGUUCAGGCUGGCGUACGUGUCGAGGGAGUCGCUGGUGGUGGGGUGCGGGAAGCUCGUGUGGGAUGCGCGCGCGGUGGCGUCGCACUACGUCAGGUCGCUCAAGGGGUUCUGGUUCGACGUCUUCGUCAUACUGCCGGUUCCUCAGGCUGUGUUUUGGUUAGUGGUGCCGAGGCUGAUACGAGAAGAGAAGAUAAAGCUGAUAAUGACGAUACUUCUGCUGAUAUUCUUGUUCCAAUUCCUCCCUAAAGUUUACCACAGCAUUUGUUUGAUGAGGAGAAUGGCCAAAGUCACUGGCUACGUUUUUGGCAGUAUUUGGUGGGGUUUUGGCCUUAACCUCAUUGCUUACUUCAUUGCCUCUCAUGUUGCUGGAGGAUGUUGGUACGUACUCGCGAUUCAACGCGUAGCGUCAUGCCUAAGGCAGCAAUGCGAUCAGAAAACGUUGUGCAAGCUCUCGUUGUCGUGCUCGGAGGAAAUUUGUUACCAGUUUUUGUCGCCGGCGCAGACAUUGGGAAAUCCGUGUGGCGGUAACGUGACAACGGUGAUCAGAAAGCCAAUGUGCUUAGACGAGAACGGGCCCUUUCGAUACGGCAUCUACAAAUGGGCUCUUCCAGUCAUUUCCAGCAACUCCCUAGCUGUCAAGGUUCUUUUUCCCAUUUUUUGGGGUUUAAUGACCCUCAGCACUUUUGGCAAUGAUCUUGAGCCCACAAGUCACUGGCUAGAAGUUAUAUUCAGCAUAUGCAUUGUCCUCAGUGGCCUAAUGCUAUUCACCCUAUUGAUUGGAAAUAUUCAGGUAUUUUUGCACGCGGUCAUGGCGAAGAAGAGGAAAAUGCAGCUGAGAUGCCGCGAUAUGGAGUGGUGGAUGAGGCGGAGACAGCUGCCGUCUCAGUUGAGGCAAAGAGUCCGCCACUUUGAGAGGCAGAGAUGGACAGCGAUGGGAGGAGAAGAUGAGAUGGAGCUGAUUAAAGACUUGCCGGAAGGGCUCCGGCGUGACAUUAAGCGGUACCUUUGCCUAGACUUGAUAAGAAAGGUACCUAUCUUCCAGAGUUUGGACGAUCUUAUCCUCGACAACAUUUGCGACCGCGUGAAGCCUCUUGUAUUCUCUAAAGAUGAAAAGAUCAUUAGAGAAGGCGACCCAGUCCAGAGAAUUGUGUUCAUAGUCCGUGGAAGAGUUAAAAGCAGCCAAAUGCUAAGCAAAGGCAUGGAAGCCACAAGCAUGCUAGAGCCCGGAGGAUUUCUAGGUGAUGAGUUACUCUCGUGGUGCCUCCGCCGUCCAUUCCAUGAACGGCUUCCGGCUUCAUCGGCGACAUUCACCGUCCUCGAAUCAACAGAGGCGUUUGGGCUUGAUGCAAACAACCUCCGGUAUAUCACCGACCACUUCCGAUACAAAUUCGCCAACGAGAGGCUCAAGCGAACGGCGAGAUACUAUUCCUCCAAUUGGAGGACUUGGGCGGCCGUAAAUAUACAACUUGGCUGGCGUCGGUACGUGGUGAGGACUAAGGGUCCGGUGAAUCACGCGGCGGAGAAUGGUGGUGGUGGUGAGCGGCGGCUCCGGCGAUAUGCUGCUGUGUUUAUGUCACUCAGGCCGCAUGAUCACCUUGAAUAAGAGCUAGUUAGUAAUUGGGUAUUUCCUUUCUUUGUAUUUCAUUUUUUUGUAAUUUGAACCCGUUUCUUGGGGCGACUAAAUAAGCGACGCAGUCGUCAAUUCUUCACCAAA